AUGACCCGCCCGUCAGCACCGAAUCCAUGGGCGACAGAGGGCGGUCAGGCUGCUGGAGGGACGGAUUUCACUGUGGCUGCUUCGGCCAACCCGACCGCUGGCUUUCCCGCCCGCCGCGCCCGUCCCCUGGUCCGCCACUGGCUGCCCUCGCCGCACCCCACACUCGUUUCUGGGUUUCUGCCGGGCGCUCGGGAAAACAACUCCGGGAAAACUGCUCUUCCUAACCAGGCAUUGGGAGCUCUUGGGAGGCUUUUCGAUGGCGAAUUCAGAAAAAGACACGAUGGCGAGAUCCCAAACCACCACGAGCCUGAUCAUCGGGAGGCAGGCAACGUGAGAAUUGGCCGAUGCACGUCCGUGAUGGUUGCUCAGGGUUGA